UUGUGCAAACUCCAGUCUAGCGCUAGUUGAAUCUUUUUUACAUUUACUGAUUUCAUAAGUUAGUAGAUUUUUUUAUGCAUCGGUCUCCAAAAAUGCCUCCGGCCAAAAAAGUCUCUACCAAAAAAACGAUGGAAUCUGUUGUAGAAGAGAAAACUGAAGCGGUUUCUAUUGAUCGUGAAAAAACUUGUCCUCUUUUACUUAGAGUUUUCUUAAAUAAUGGAAGACAUCAUUCACUUAGUGAAUUUGUAAGAGGAAAUGUUCCACCCAAUGAGCUUCAGAUUUACACUUGGUUGGAUGCUACCUUAAAAGAAUUGACUAAUUUAGUGAAAGAAGUCAACCCAGAUGCUCGGCGUAAAGGAACUUUCUUUGAUUUUGCUCUAGUCUUUCCAGAGGCAAGAGGUCCUGGAUAUAGAAUGAGAGAAAUUGGAAGAACAUGCUCUGGAGAAAAGUUUCCUGAUGAUAACAAAACAUUAGCAUCAUGCAGAUUUCAAAUUGGAGAUUAUUUAGACAUUGCCAUUACCCCUCCUACUUACAGAGGGCAUGAAAGUCGCCGAGGAAGGCAAAAUGCAUACUAAAUAGUAGUAUAUUUUGACCUUUUAACUCAAUUUGCUUGUUUUCUGAUUUUGGAAAAUGUACAUAUAUGCUUUGUUAAUAAAUCAUCAUCUUUUUUUUU